UCUGCUUCGUGCCGCUCCUCACCUGCCUGCUGUUGCUACUUGCUACCAGCAUUUAUUAAUCGAGAUAGUCAGACAGUUUCAACCCCUUUUCUCUCUCUCCCUCCCUCCCUCCCUCUCUUUCUACUCUUCCCUUUCCCUGCCCUGCUGCUCUGCACCUCGAACAUGUUUUCACACUCAAGUGCCUGCCUGCGUCCUCGCACUCUCCUAGCACAGCGAUCCGUGUCGGACUGCUGCUCCGGUCGCUGAACUUCUUUGCCGUGGUAGCUUCGACACUGCAAAGGUCAUCGCUUUCCGGCAAGUUUUUUCCUUGGAAAAGUGAGGCCGCAGCGGGCAAGCAAACCCCAGAAGCAAAAGCCUACACCUCCGCCGUCACGUCCACUACCCUGUUCGCUUCCUCCGCCGUUGCCGUCCGCACAGUUCAAAUUUCAAACGGCUUCCCGCUGCACCGAUCUGCACGGCCGCCGCGCGGCCUCGAUCACCGAGUCCCUGACGCUGUACUAGCGUAGGUAGGCGGUGCAGUACGUCAGGAUCACCGGCCGCCGACCCGCCUCAUAACUCGCCCGGACGAGCUGAGCGGAUUACCACUGCUCACCUUAUCAGUACACUAUCAUCAGCCGCAUCUAAUUGCAAGUUACUGCUGCUGCUGGUAGCGCUCUCGGGGAGGGACUGGAAGAGGAUUAAGGGAGGGCGGAUAUGAGGAUGAAGACGCUGGCGUGCUGCCGGCGGCGGCCGCAGGACUUCAGCGUCGACAUGGACCAGGAGCCCGACAGGGUGAUGACAUACAAUGGCCUCGAGAGCUGCAUUAUCAACAGUUCCUCCUAUGAUGAGGAUAGUGCUAUUAGUGCAACAACUGGGGCAGAUGGCUGUGUCACCACAGAUUCCCUUGACGAUGAAGUCUCAAGUUGCUCCUCAAGUAAAGAUGUUUGCAGUUCUUCCUUCUCUUUGCACUGCCUUUCCUCGAGCAAGCAGGAGGAUGAGCAUUCACUAGAUGAGUUGGGUACACCCACAGCUGUUCAUCUACUCCCUGUUAAAGGGAAGAAACCAAUCACAUAUACCUUGAGUGCUUCUGAUAUUGAAAACAUGAAGGAGAAGUUCGCAAAGCUAUUGCUUGGUGAUGAUAUUUCGGGUGGAGCUAGGGGCGUUUGCACUGCUCUGGCUUUGUCCAAUGCCAUAACCAAUCUCUCAGCCACCGUUUUUGGAGAACUUUGGAAGCUGGAACCAUUGUGUGAGGAGAAAAAAAUCAGGUGGCAAAAGGAAAUGGACUGGUUGCUGUCUCCCACGACUUACAUGGUCGAGCUUGUUCCGACGAAGCAAAGUGGAGCAGAUGGAUGCAUGUUUGAGAUUAUGACUCCAAAGGCCCGGUCAGAUGUUCAUGUGAAUCUUCCUGCUCUUCAGAAGCUUGAUACCAUGCUCAUUGAAGUGAUGGACUCAAUGGUAGAUACAGAGUAUUGGUACGAGGAGAGUGGCAGCCGAGCUGAUGGGCGGGGGAAAAAAAAUGGUCCAAGGCAGAGUAAAAAGUGGUGGUUCCCAUCCCCUCGCGUCCCUGAGAUAGGGCUAUCUCAAUUUCAGAGAAAAAGGCUUAUUUUUCAAGCUAAGCUUGUUCAUCAGAUCCUCAAGGCAGCAAAAUCCAUCAACGGACAAGUUCUAUUUCAGAUGCCUAUUCCUGCAGCUGUUAUGGACGCCCUUCCGAAGUCUGGCAGGGCUAGCUUGGGCGAAGAUUUGUAUCAUGCUAUAACUACGGAGUACAUUCCAAUAGAGGAAAUAUUUGUUUCACUCAGUUUAAAAACGGAGCAUAGUGUGCUAGAGACUAUGAACCAGUUGGAGGGUGCAGUGUUUGCAUGGAAUCAAAGGAUUUCAGAAGAAAAAAGCAAGAGGUCCCCUCGACGACAUUCCUGGAAUUUCAUGAAGGAUAAUUCAUCGGAGCUUGAGAAGAUGUCUGCAUGCACCGAAAGGGUUGAUACUCUCAUGCAGCUUCUGAAGUGCAGAUUUCCCAACCUCCCUCCGACUUUUAUAGAUGUUCUAAAGGUCCAAUACAAUGUGGUAUGUUUGGCAUUGCAUUUUAGUAACAUUCUAACUCCGAAUAGUCUGAAAUGCAGAAGCUCUGACGACGUAUUGAAUAUGCAGGACGUGGGGAAUGCCAUUGUGGAGGCCUACUCAAGGGUUCUUGUUGGCGUGGCAUUCAGUAUAUUGUCGCGGGUGGCAGAGAUACUGCUGGAGGAUGACCUGAUCAAGAAGCCCAACACACCCAUGGCCACACUGAAGUUCGACCUCUCGUCCGACGUGUACCUGUCAGGCAUCACCGAGACGCCACCGGGCCACAUCCGACGGUCCCUUAUGGACCAGAUCAGCAUGGUCGACGGGCGCUUCGACACUGUCACCAAGAAGAAAAGAGUGAAGCAGCUGAGGUGGUGAAGACAGAUGGUGAUGACUGGUGACCAUGUUGUGAAGUAUUUUGGCAUUGUACAGGGUGAUGCAGGAUUCAGUGUCCACUCCACUUACUAAUAGUGUAAUGCAAUGUAUUUUGGGACGCAUUUAUAGUGUACUGUAAGAGCAGCGUGGGGCGAAUUAUCGCUGGUCACAGUCCAGAUAGUAGUAUUGUUGCAUCUGAACA